CGCACUGAACUGGGCCAGUCGCAGCCGCGCGUGCGUGUGCGACACAUGGAGUAGGUCCGACUCCGCUGAGAACAGUUGGAAAGGCAUUGAUCUGGGAAAACUUUUACAAACCAACAGCAAAACACCCGUUUUCCGCCAUGCGAGUGGAACUACAGCAGAACGAGAAUGAGGAGAGCUCGGCGAAUUCGAUGCGGUUGCUGGUGAACCAGCUGAGGGAGAUCACAGGCAUCCAGGACCUGGAGCUCCUUCAGCGGGCACUGGUGGCGGCCAAUGGUGACAUCAUCCAUGCCAUCUCCUUGGUGACGGCUCCAACACCCGAGGAGGCCCAGGCACCUGAGGAACCUUCAGGAGGCGAGGAGAACCAAGAGGCAGAAAGAGACGUUCAGAGAGUUGAAGUGAAAGAUGACCUACAGGCAGCCAUUGAGCUCAGCCUACAGGGGAACCAGAAUGGAGACAACAGAGAACACAACAGGCCUGUGGAGAAGAUUGUGAUCCACGUGAAGAGGAAGCGCUGUGAGCCCAUGGGGGAGAGCUGCAGCCCCGCCGAGCUCAGUCGCCAUGACAACUGGCCCGUGGGCAUCCGCAACGUGGGCAACACCUGCUGGUUCAGCGCCGUCAUCCAGUCUCUCUUCCACCUGCCGGUGUUCCGGAGGCUGGUGCUGAACUACUGUCUGUCUGAGCGCGUGCUGGAGAAGUGCAGGAGUCACUCGGAGAAGAGGAACAUUGCCUUCAUGCAGGAGCUCAGGUGUCUGUUUGCACUGAUGUUGGGUUCUACGCGGCGCUUUGUGGAUCCGUCUGCUGCCGUGGAACUCCUCAGGGAUUCUUUCAGAACCAGUGAGGCCCAGCAGGAUGUCAGUGAGUUCACCCAUAAACUCCUGGAUUGGCUGGAGGAUGCCUUUCAGCUUUCUGCUGUGGGAAAUAACCCUGACGAUAAGAAGGACAACCCCAUGGUCCAGCUCUUCUACGGGACAUUUGUUGCCAAGAGAACUCAUGAAGGAAAGACCCAGUCCAACAUCGAGCAGUUCGGCCAGUACCCUCUGCAGGUCAACGGCUUCAACAACUUGGACGAGUGUCUGGAGGGGGCCAUGGUGGAGACUGAGGUGGAGGGGGCACACUCAGAGCAAACCGUCUCCUCUGGUCAGGAGCGAUGGUUCUCCAAACUUCCACCCGUGUUGACCUUUGAACUGUCAAGGUUUGAGUUCAACCAAUCACUGGGGCGCCCUGAGAAGAUCCACAAGAAGCUGGAGUUCCCCCAGGUCAUCUACAUGGACAGGUACCUACACAGGAAUGUAGAGCUGACUCAGAGUAGGAGAGGAGCGGUCAAGAGGCUGAAGGAGCAGCUCACAGCCCUGCAGCAGCGGCUCGAGAGCUAUAAGAACUAUGGUUCCGGGCCGGUGAAGUACCCCCUGGCAGACAUGCUGCAGUAUAUUCUGGAGUUCGCCACCACCCGGCCCUGCAGUGCCCCCCCCAGCUCCACCAGCCCCCAGCCCCCCACACACAGCAUUGCCCUCAGUGCUUCCGACCCCACUGAAGGUGCCCCCCCAUCCUCCGACGUCCCCUCCCCCUCCCCCGCUCAGCGCACCCCCAUCCACAAGCCCUUCACUCACUGGUGCCCCCCGCAGGACGGGCAGGUGCAGCCAGCGCCACACAGCAUCACCGAGGAGGAGCUGCAGGUGGUCAGGGGCUGUCUGCAGCGAUGGAGGGCCGAGGUGGACAACGACGUCAACGAGUUGAAGGCCAGUAUUGAGAGGGUAAGCCACGAAUUGGAACAGAUCUACUCCGACAACAGCUUGUGUCAGGUGCCGUACCGGCUGCACGCGGUACUUGUGCACGAGGGCCAGGCGUCGGCUGGUCACUACUGGGCGUACAUCUACGACCACCUGCACCAGCGCUGGCUCAAGUACAACGACGUCAUGGUGACCGAGUCGUCCUGGGAGGAGCUGGUCAGGGACUCGUACGGCGGGAUGACCAACGCCAGCGCCUACUGCCUCAUGUACAUCAACGACAAACUGCCCCACCUCAUCGAAGAGGACACUGACGGGGACACAGGUCAGGUUCUGGAGGGGGUGGACGCUCUGCCCUCCAUCUUGCGGCGGUACGUUCUAGAAGAUAACCGCUGGUUCCAGCAGCAACUGCGAGAGUGGGAGGAACAGCUGGCCCAGCAGAACCAGCAGCAGAACGCGUCCUCAACCCCCUCCAGCAGGAACAGCAACCAGAACGGAACCAGACCAGGAACCUCCUCACCAGGAACCAGCAGAGCCAGAGCAGGAAACAUGGUGCUAAAGGUUUGGCUUUCACAGGAACCAGAGCAGGAGCAAGAACCAGAAGAGGAACGGGAGCAAGAACCAGAGCAAGAGCCAGAAGAAACAGAAGAACCAGAACAAGAACACGCAGAUGAACCCAAUCAGGAACCUCAUCAUGAAGAGACCAGCAUCGAAGAACCCAGAGUAGACCCCCCAGUCCCUGAGGCAGCUGUGCCCAGAGAGAUGAGUCCUGAGCGGGGAGAGUCGCCUGAGGCUGCCCCCCUCGAGUACCACCAGGCUGGAGGAUCCCCACAGGACACUCAGGUGUCAGGUGAGAGUGCACUGAUGGAUGAGGGGCGUGAGGCGGCCGAAGACCAGAGAGGAUCUGAACACACACAGCAGGAAGAGGCCGUCUCCACGGACAACCAGCCUGACAACACCCCUACCCAGAGUUCCUCAGAAGAGGGCGGGGCCGGAGCCAGGGCUCCCGCGGAGACGCAGCCCCAGGAGGAUGUGAUGUCAGAGGUGGACAUUCCAAACGUGGGGAAGAUUCAGGUGCUGUCCAACAGUGAUGGCUUUAACGAGGAGAUGAUCCUGACCCCGGCCAUGCAGGGGAUCAUUCUGGCCAUCGCCAAAGCCAGCAAAGUCAUCGACAAGGAUGGUCCAGAGGCUGGACUCAUUAAGGCGUUCCACGAGGAGUACUCGCGUCUGUUCGAGCUGUCCCAGGAGAGCGGCACCCCCCAGCAGGACGCCCGCCUGCAGCACGUCCUCGUCUACCUCUUCCAGAACCGAGCGCCCAAGCGAAUCAUCGAGAGAACCCUGCUGGAACAGUUUGGCGAUCGCAACCUCAGCUUCGAUGACAGGUCCAUGAGCAUCAUGAGAGAAGCUCGCUCCAAAAUACGCCUCAUCAAACCAGAGGACAUGGACAUGGAGGAGUACCUGAAGUGGCAUGACGACUACAGCAUGUUCAAGACGGUGUUUGCCUACCUGCUCACAGGCCUGGAACAGUACCAGAAUGGAAAUAUAUCUUACACCUCCUCACAGUUCCGUCAGUAUAUCUUACACUUCCUCACGGUUCUAUCGGUGUUCUUCAAGAGUGAGGAGGUAGAGGAGGCGGAGGAUGCCGUUGCCAUGGUGAACGACUGUGUUAUUCCCUGUGUCCACCUCAUGGCCCGAGACAGUGUGUGUCAGGAGGACCUGGACGCCAUCGAGCACAUCAGGGGUGUGUGGUGUGGAUACCUUGGACAGGACAUGAAGGAUUCCCUUCAGGAGAAGCUCAGUGAGUUCCUGCCCAGAGUUCUAGACUGUUCCACGGAGAGGGUGGUUCUAAAGGAACCUCCCCAAGUCUGUUCCAACUCUCCUCAUGACCUGGAGAGCCGACUGGCUGCCGUCAUGGAGUCCAUGGUUACGGUCACAUAGAACCAUACCAUGCCGUCCAACUCACAGAAGAACUGGUCAAGCACCGUGGCAAGCCAGUCAGGCUUUUGAAGUCUGGAAAAUGGUCACCAUCAGAGACUUCAACUGGACACUCUCAGGAUCUUCUGCAGCCUGAUCUCUGCAGAGGGAUACCAUCACCACUAUUGAGACCUACUCUGAAACAUCAAGGCCUUUCAUAGAUUCAGUGUUGGUCAAGCUGAAUUAUAAUUCUAAUUUUCAGAAGGAAAAUAUGCUGUGGCAAGCCAUUUUGAGGUUUUAUAACAUUUGUUGACAUUGAGGUAUUGUUAGUUUUCUAUAUGCUAAAAAAGUAUGAAGUAGAGGUGCCGUAAUACUGAAUGACCUAAUAACUUCCAAUAUUAUUAGAAUGACUUGAACUAGCAUGUUUAGAGUAAUUUAAUUAAUACUGUUUCUACUGUAAGAAUGUUUGGUUUAGUAAGAAUGUUUAAUAGAAUUACUACUAAGCUAUAGAAACUAUGGUAGUCAUAAUGCAAGCAAUAGUGAACAUUAACUUACCAGCUGAAAUGGCUUGCCAUAUGUGUGAGGUCAUGCAACAUGAUUCCUGAGAUUUACAGGCGCUAUAGCAAUCACGCCACGAGGGUGCAGAAGCAGACACUAUAAUAAAGCACGCCAACAUGUCAAACACUGGAUUGUUUGUCGCACUACUACUAGUAACAAUGCAACGGAAAGGAUUUUUUAUAUAUAUUUAUACCUUAUCAAGAUAAAGAUUGUAAAAGUUAUAUGUUGUUGAGUAUGUGAUUCUCACCCCUAAUGUGUUCAGACAGGGGAGUGUUGUUGGUAUGUACGAUGUAAAUGUGCUCCUGAUUAGACAGGCAAGUACAGUAUUUGCCAUUGAGAAUGGGGCAGUUUGGCGUAAAACAUGUGCUAAAGCGGUUAGCACCCUGAGACUUCAAAGUAAGCAGUUAGCCGCUGGUUUAUGGCCCUGUGUAUUGGUGAGCACUGCGGCCACACCGUUAGCUAAGUUAGUUUCUGAGCUAAGGCAAAAUGUAUGGAUUCUUGUAGACUAGAAGCUGCACUAUUGGGAAAAGAAGCCAGUGGCAUAGAGCAUUUAGCUUGUUGGGCUAAUACUCAUUAUGAUUAGCAUGUGCUAUGCCGCUAGCGUAGCUAGUGUUCUCAUUUAAACCAUUUCACUGGAAGCACACAGUAGCUACAGGGCUACAGAGAAAAGGAAGUGAUCAUUAUUAGACCGAUGAUCUGGCUAUCUGUUUGUCUGGCGUAAGUUCACCAAAGGUGAGCAACCGUUAACUUCACAUAACUGUGGUAUAAAAGGAAUAUAUAAGCGAAUGAACCUUGACUUCAUACACACUAAUGAUGUUUAGCGAUGUUUGGUCAGAUAUCUUAAAGUGCCUUGUUUUUUUCUCUUAAAGCAUUUUUGGCAGUGACAGUAAAAAAAAGAGAAAAAAAUCAAAAUAAAAUAACUGUACAGUGAUGUGAAAAGUUGUGAUUUUGGAUGUGGAUACCGUUUUAGCCGUGUUAGUCCUAAAUGGCAGCGUGUGAGUCACUAUAGCUUCAUGUAAAGGGGCCUUCUCACGUCUUUGCUCCACCACAGCAAGUCUGUCACAGCUUUUAAUAAAAGAUCAUCUUCCUU